AUGAACCCACUUGUCUUACUUUCGUUUUCCUUACAACGAGAAUGAAAUUGUUCUGAGAGGAGAGAGUUCAACACUGAGACCAGGCACAACAAUGGAGUCUGUGGUAUCCAACCAUGUCCUGAACGUGCUGUGUGAUCAUCAGUGCUGGAUGGAGUUCAGACAUUUGGCUGCUACGCUGCGCCAGAGACUGACGGUGGAUGAACAGCUCUUGUUGCGGGUUUUAACGAACAGCGGAAGUUUCUGUAUUAUAGACGAGGAACAGCGGGAUUCCGCAAUCAAUGCAGUUAGUCCUACAGCUUUAAUUCUAGCCAGAACCGAACUGCGCCUCUGUACCGACCCUUCAACCUGUAGUGAGUGCCAAAAGCUGCACCUGUGCAGGUACCUGGUCUGCGGCAACUGCAAACACGGGACUAAAUGCAAAAAAAUCCAUGAUUUGAAAUCUGCACAUAAUUCUGCUCUUCUGAAUAAAAGUAAUCUGCAGAACCUUGGUGAAGCUCAACUGUUUCAGCUUCUGCUACAGAACGACCCUGCCCUUAUUCCUGAGAUUUGUUCCCACUAUAAUAAAGGAAAUGAAGGACGUGGGAGCUGUAAAUUUGACACAUCCUGCACCAGCUUGCACAUCUGCCAGCACUUCUUGCAGGAUGACUGUCGAUAUAACGAGGAAUGCUUACGGACUCAUCAGUUUGAUGAAGCCGCCAUAAAAAAUCUAAAAGGCAGAGGAUUCAGUCCUGAAAAUAUUAGCAAUCUUUACAAAAUCUACAAGAAUAAGUUUCUUAUUGCUGCUCACAAUGACAAACCGAUCUCCAAAGCUGCCCAGAAAGAUCGACCAUUUAGGAAGCAGCACUCCAGCAACUCGGUGAGUGAGGCAGACAGAAAUGAAAUCUGCCUCUACUUCAUUCGAAAGGGGUGUAGUUUUAAAGAAAAAUGUGUCCGUGUUCAUCACGAUCUACCUUAUAAAUGGGAGAUUUUGGAUAAAGAUGGAGUGACAUGGAACCCUCUGCCCAGUGAAGAGGAUAUUGAAAGGUCCUACUGCAAUCCAACUAAUGACAAAAGCGUUGGGGAUCAGCCAGUGGACUUUACCUUAAUGAUUUGUGAAGGGAAACCGGUUCGCCGUCUGUCAACGGCGUCAUCCGUUACCAAACCUCCACACUUCAUCCUGACUACUGAGUGGCUCUGGUACUGGAAAAAUAAGGAAGGAGAAUGGAUCGAAUAUGGUCAGACAGAGCAUGCAAACUCAAUCAACUCAAAAACCUUGGAGGACUUGUACCUUGCUGAAGUUGAAACUGAAAUUCCUUUCACUUUGGGGGAUAAUAAUUAUGUGCUAAAUUUUAAAGAUAUGUAUCAGAAAAACACAAUGUACAAGACAGAACGAGAUGUUCGACGGAGACCUCGAUUUGUUUCAGCCCAAGAUAAAGGUGAAUCCAAGAGUGAUGCUCCAGAAAGCUCCAGCUCCUCUACUACAGCAGUUCCUGAUUACUGGGAUAAAGAAGCUCUGCCUGGCGUUUCCUACACGAUUGUUACCCUGUCAAGUUCUGCAGAUGACUACAAAAAAAUAGAUUCACUGUUUAAGCGUACGAUGCCCACAAACACCGUUCACCACAUCAAGAGGGUGCAGAAUCCUUCACUCUGGAAGUUCUUUCAGUGGCAAAAAGAGCAGAUGAAGGAGAGGAAUGAAGGAAGUGAUGUGGUUGAGCGAUACCUAUUCCAUGGCACAGAUCAGUCUUUAAUAGAAGCUAUUUGUGAACAAAAUUUUGACUGGAGAGUCUGCGGUGUACAUGGAUCACUUUAUGGCAAAGGAAGUUACUUUGCCAGAGAUGCAAAGUACUCAGAUAAAUAUGCGAAAUCCAAGGGUGCCGCUAAGAUGAUGUUUGUUGCACUUGUCCUUGUUGGUGAAUUCAUCAAAGGAUCCAGCAGCUACCAGCGACCUCCAAUACAUGAUAAGAAAAAAGGUUUUUAUGACAGCUGUGUGGACAAUGUGACCAACCCUGCUAUUUUUGUAAUCUUUGAGAAGUUUCAGAUCUAUCCUGAGUACAUUAUUGAAUAUUCUUAAGUUGCUGAAAUGUGUAUUAGCUGUGCUAAACUAUAUGACUGUUUUGAAUAUCUUCUUUACCAAAUAACUCAUAUACUAAGAGUUUCUGCUCUUAGGAGCAAAAAUAAAAAAAAAUGAGUAUCGUCAGGCUAGGAAUGGGUGAUUGAAGAUGUGCCUAGUCUAACUGUGGCGUAGUUACCUGUAAAAUAAUGACUUUAUGACUUUGAUGUCAUUUUAUCUAUAGCUUGAUUGGGAUUUAAGAAGCUUUUGUGUAUGCAAUUUAACUUUCUAAAAAGAUUAAAAGAUCACAUAAAGUCUCUCUUUGAAAAGUUCUAUUGAAAGGUUUAUUGUGAAUUUUCUGAAUAUAUAUGCUCUAACUUCUAUAUAUUUUAUUUAAGUUCACUUAAUUAAGUGAUGUGGCUUCCUAAAGCUUCGUUAGUAAUGCCUCUCUGUGUGGAUAUAAUAAAGAUAGUUUAACUGUACUCAUUUAAAAAUAGCGCAGUGGUCUGUCUACAGUCAAGCAAGCUAUACAUCAAUGUAGGCUUAGAGGGUAUCACAUAAAAAAGAAUUUCCAUGACACACUAUGGCAAAAAGUAUGUGGACAUCAUUUCUAACUUUUGGUUACAUUUGACUGCAUUUAGCACGCAACCUAAACCUAAUAAACACCUCGGGGGAAAAAUGGUCAGUUGUAAGCAACAACACAUGCUCAUGAUUUUAUAAUAGAAUAUCCAACAAGCUCAUGGUCAGGUAUCGACCUACUUUUGGUCAUAUAGUGUACAAUAUGACUGUAAGAUACUUUACAAGACAAUACAGAGAGUUUAACCAGCAUUUAUAUUCACUUCCUGUCAGAUACAGUUACAACUUUAACUGUUUGUUGCUGAUGUUGUGUUCUGCAAUUUUCACUGUUAGAAUUGACUGCUUUAAGAUUUUAAAUAUAUCCUUGGAAAUCUGAGAAAUGUUUAUUGGCACCAGGAAGAAUCUUGUGAAUGCUGUAAAUAAAACUAAUAAACACACCUGUAACAGGGUUUAUGGUAAAUAUGAA